AUGACGAAGUUGAGCCUGGCCCUGAAGCAGGAGAAUGCCCUAGCCGAUGUUUGCCGGGCUCUACCCUCGGCAUGGCCUAAACUCCGCAAGACCUCGAAGCUUUACAUGUGGCGCUUGGAUGAGCUGAAGCUCCACACCUUGCAGCAGACGCUCAUCGAGGACCUGAACCUCGUCUUCGCUGAUCUCUUCGAGCUUUGUGAACGAGGUGAUUCCGAGUGCGUGUGGAUUUUGCUCUCCCAGGGGAUGAAUCCGAAGCAGCGGGACCCGGAAGGAGCGACCUUGCUCCAAAAGGCAACCCACAGCGGCUCCGUGACCAUCCUCAAGCUCCUCGUCGAGAAGGGGGGCGUUUUGAAUGCGAAAGGCUCCUACGGCUACACCCCGCUCCACGAGGCCUGCUACCUGGGGAACCCCGAGGUCUGUGAGGUCCUUCUGAGUGUGAAGGCCAAUGUAGAUGCCUUGAGCAAGAACGGAUCUACACCUCUCUUGGUAGCGGCGCGAGAAGGCCACAAUGCAAUUUGCGAGUCCCUCCUCAAGCAUCACGCAGAUGCGGAUGAUGGUGGCGACAAGGGAUGGACGCCACUUUCCGUCGCAGCAGGUGAAGGUCACGUGGAAGUUUGCGAGACCCUCCUUAAGUACAAUGCCAAUGUGCAUGGCUUCGCGGCCGAUGGCCGCUGUGAGCGAAGUGCUCUGCAGGAGGCCGCAGAACAGGGGCACGCCAACGUCGUUGGCCUCCUCCUCGAGUCCAAAGCGGAUGUGCAUCACACCUUUGAUGAGGGUGGCGGGCAGAACCGGCGGUGGACGGCGGCAGAGUUGGCAGAGCGAGCGGGACACAGUAAGAUCGUGCACAUGCUCAUGUCCCAG